AUGGCAGUAUUGAAGUCUCAAAUCUUAAUCACCGAUAUACCAAAGGCUACCUUUUCCUCUGAUUGGUCUGCCAAGCUGAAAAGUUCUAUAUUUGAGGAACAUUUUCCAGAAGCUGUGAGAAACUUACAGUAUUACACACCUUUACAAUUUUUAAAUAGAAUUGUAAUUAUAUUGGAUGAUGAGACAGUGGCGACUAAAAUAUAUGAGUAUCUAAGGACUGAAAAACUAAUAUUAAAUUUAAAUGCAAAACUUUAUUUGACUGAGAAUUUGACAAAACCACGUUCAAAAUCUUCUUCGCAGGUUGGCCUAGAUAUGCCACUUUCUGAUGACUUUUUGAAUUUGAGAGUUGAUCCUAAUUCUAGUGCUAAACAACCUGGCGAAGAUGGAGCUUUUGCAAAACCAUUACUAUCGAUAGAUACAGAUCCUUCACAUACUGGUAUUAGUACUGCAUCUCUUCAAGUUGGUAGUCCAUCACUUUCCCCAGAUAAAUCGUGCAUUGGCUCACCAACUUUACUUAAAUUUUCAGAUGAUGAUCAAAAAUUGCAUUCCUAUCAAGAACCUCUGCCUAAAUUAAAUGACAUAAACAAACUAGAAACAGCUACCUCAAAUUCAUCUUCCAAUUUGAAUAUCAGAAAAAAUAAAGAUUCAUCUGAGCCAAUGAGUCCCUCUAUUACCAUUAAGGAUUAUUUAUGA